AUGGCAAGAACCAAGCAGACAGCCCAUAAAUCCACUGGUGGCAAGGCACCCAGGAAGCAGCUCGCCACGAAGGCUGCCCGCAGGAGCGCCCCCGCUACCGGCGGCGUGAAGAAGCCUCACCGUUACAGGCCCGGCACCGUGGCUCUGAGGGAGAUCCACCGUUAUCAGAAAUCUACUGAGCUGCUCAUCCGUAAGCUGCCCUUCCAGCACCUGGUAAGAGAAAUCGCUCAGGACUUUAAGGCCGAUUUGCGUUUCCAGAGCUCGGCUGUCAUGGCACUGCAGGAGGCGAGCGAGGCAUACCAACUAAAGGUAUGUGGAUGGUAG